AAUCGGCCCCUAAUUGUUACAAUUACUUAUUUGCUUAUCUCGAAAUUGUUACAAAAGUAUCUUAUCUAAAGCGGUGGCCGUUCUGGGCUCUCUGCCAAAAGCCAAUUAAGUUAGAAACUUUGUUUCUUUUUCUGGCUGUUCAGUGCAGAGAAAAAAACGGAGUUUUCAGUACAAAUGAGGGAUUGCGGGUUGAGCUGUCAAAAGAGGGACAGUCCCUCUAAAAACGGGACAGUUGGAAGUAUACGAGCCAGCUAUAGGUGCUACAGCAGCACGUCAAUUAACACUAUUAGUUCUGAAUUGUGAUUCCUCCUGGCUUAAAUUCACCAUUUACUGAACAACACAAUACGCUCAAACGAAAGUGGUCAAGAAGAGAUUUUCCCUUAUUAAAUAUGGCCGCCUGGAGUACAAAGUUGAUAUCUCGCUGUAGCCUCGCCCCCUUCGGGUCAAGUAUAUGAAGUACCGGUAUACCCGUCAUGCUUUGCGACUUCCUUCUUGCUGCGUAGCUAGUGUGCGCGGCGGCCUGUGAAUUUUUAGCUUCUUUCUAACCGUGUGCGUGCAGCAUGGGAGUCCCGGCCUUUUUCCGCUGGCUGAGCCGAAAGUAUCCGUCGAUAGUCGUGCACUCUGUGGAGGAGAAGCCCAAAGAAUGCAAUAACAUCAAAAUUCCUGUGGACACCACUAAACCAAAUCCAAAUGAAGUGGAAUUUGAUAACCUUUAUUUGGAUAUGAAUGGCAUUAUCCAUCCGUGUACCCACCCAGAGGACAAGCCAGCACCAAAAAAUGAAGAUGAAAUGAUGGUUGCUAUUUUUGAAUACAUUGAUAGACUCUUUAACAUUGUGAGACCUAGAAGACUCCUUUACAUGGCCAUUGAUGGAGUGGCCCCGCGUGCUAAAAUGAAUCAACAACGCUCUCGUAGGUUUAGAGCAUCCAAAGAAGGUGUUGAAUCUACAGAAGAGAAGAAUCGUAUACGUGAAGAGGUCCUAUCCAAAGGUGGCUAUCUCCCCCAAGAACAAGCAAAGGAGCGAUUUGAUAGUAACUGCAUUACUCCUGGAACAGAGUUUAUGGACAACUUGGCAAAAUGUCUUCGAUAUUAUAUUGCUGACCGUUUAAAUAAUGAUCCUGGAUGGAAAAACCUCACGGUUAUUUUAUCAGAUGCUAGUGUUCCUGGCGAAGGUGAACAUAAAAUUAUGGAUUACAUCAGAAAGCAAAGAGCUCAGCCCCAUCAUGACCCAAACACUCAUCAUUGCUUAUGUGGUGCAGAUGCUGAUCUUAUAAUGUUAGGACUUGCCACUCAUGAGCCUUAUUUUACAAUUAUCCGAGAAGAAUUCAAACCAAAUCAACCUAAACCUUGUGGUUUGUGUGGCCAGAUUGGCCAUGAGAUGAAGGAGUGUCAGGGAUUGCCAAGGGAGAAAAAAGGAGAGCAUGACGAAUUUGCUGAUGCUCCACCAGGAUGUGAACAAGAGUUCAUUUUCAUUCGUCUCAAUGUAUUACGAGAGUAUUUGGAGAAAGAGCUCACCAUGGCCAGCUUGCCCUUCCAGUUUGACUUUGAGAGAAGCAUCGAUGAUUGGGUCUUCAUGUGCUUCUUUGUGGGUAAUGAUUUUUUACCACAUCUGCCAUCUCUAGAAAUCAGGGAAGGUGCUAUUGAUCGACUUGUUAACAUCUACAAAAAUGUGGUGCACAAAACUGGAGGCUAUAUUACAGAGAGUGGGUUUGUUAACCUAGAAAGAGUGCAAAUGAUCAUGUUGGCUGUUGGGGAAGUUGAAGACAACAUUUUCAAGAAGAGGAAAGAAGAUGAUGAACACUUCAAACGACGACAGAAAGAAAGGAAAAAGCGAAUGAAGGCACAACAUCAAAGACCUUCUUUCGUUACAUCAGGCCAGUUUGCCCCUCAUGCCCUUGGUCAGGGAAGUCGGUCUAUGCCCGAAGCCAUCAGUAAUCCACGGCAAGAAGCCUAUAAAAUGCGAAUGCAGAACACUCAUUCAGUAGACAAUGCCUCUCCGAAUCCAGGGCAGAAACGCAAAGCCGACGGCAGCGACAGUGAACCCGAGCCAGAAGAUAAUAUCAGAUUAUGGGAAGAAGGCUGGAAACAGCGCUACUACAAAAACAAGUUUGAUGUUGAUGCAAGCGAUGAGAAGUUUCGACGCAAAGUAGUGCAGUCAUAUGUUGAAGGCCUUUGUUGGGUUCUGAGAUAUUAUUACCAGGGCUGUGCUUCUUGGAAGUGGUUCUUCCCAUUCCAUUAUGCUCCUUUUGCCUCUGACUUUGAAAACAUCUCAUGUCUUUUCUCAGAGUUCGAAAGGGGCACAAAACCGUUUAAACCACUUGAACAGCUCAUGGGAGUGUUUCCAGCAGCCAGUGGAAACUUUCUACCAGAGUCAUGGAGAAGCCUUAUGAGUGAUCCUGAAUCCAGCAUAAUUGAUUUUUAUCCAGAUGAUUUUGCGAUUGAUUUAAAUGGAAAGAAGUUUGCUUGGCAAGGUGUUGCUCUGUUGCCAUUUGUUGAUGAGCGCCGUCUGAGAGCUGCUUUGGAAGAGGUUUACCCUGACCUCUCUCCUGAUGAAAUGAGAAGAAAUAGUCUCGGUGGGGAUAAUAUAUUUGUUGGAGAAAGCCAUCCCUUAAAUGACUUCAUACAUGAACUUUACAAGACAAAUGUUACAGAGCCUACUGAUAUACCACCUGAAUUGUGCCAUGGGAUCCAAGGAAAGGUUUUAUUAGAGGAAGAGCCUGUUCUCCCUAACACGAUUAUUAAGUCUCCAGUCCCUUUGUUACGAGAUCUGACUCAGAAUUUUGCUAUAAGCAUCAAGUUUAAAGAUCCAGAGUAUGAAGACGGUUACAUUUUUAAGGCAGUAGUUUUACAAGGUGCAAAAAAGCCAGCUCCCACAUUAAAGCCAGGUGACUGGGAAAAGUCAAAUCAAGACAGGCAGUGGAGACCACACCUUGGCUUCAAUCAGAACAGAAAACAAGUUCACCUAGAUUCUUCAGCCUUCCGAACUUUAGGCCAUACCUUGCCACAGAGCAGAGGUUCCUCGAGAAGUGGUGGUCACUAUAGCAAUGCUCCGCCUCCUGGAUCUUACAAUCCUGGAAAUUCCUACAGAAUGCCUAACCGAUCAGCUCCUCUUCCAUCCCUGCUACAAAAUCAAAGACCCCAAGGUUCAUGGUCAAAUCGCCCUCCUCUCUUUAACCAGCCACCACAGAGGAAUUUUGGACCCAUGCAGAACCAACAUCCUGCUUUUAUGAACCAGCAAAUGGGACAAAGAGGACCAAGUAACUAUUAUCAGAGAUAUGGUGGGGAUUCGAAUUGGCAGGGAUAUAACCAGGGAAGGAAUUAUCAGGCGCAACCUCCUGGAAGAUAUCACCGGAAUUAAGCUGCUUCUUUUUUUUUUUUUUUAACAGGGCCCUUGUUCCCUUUUCUAUGGAAAUUCAAAAAAGACCUGCAGACCUAUGAAUAGUUUUUUUUUAUUUUUGUUUGUUUAUUAACUUCCCCUCCACAUGAUUACUACUAUAUAUCAGUAUAUGCUUAUUUUGCAUUCUUAAUGUCCUUGUGAUAUGCUGCAGUAUUUUAAUUUUUUAGAUACUGGAUUUUGUCCCAAGGUUCUUGUAAUGCAAGCAAUGUGUUUGUGUGUCUUCAAAGUUUUUUUUCCUUUUUUUGGUGACUGGCAAGAAGAUUUGCCUUUUAUGAUCUAAAUCAGUGGUCCCCAACCAGUUACUCAUGAGCAUCAUGUUCACCAACUCCUUAGAUGCUGCUCCCAGUGGCCUCAAAGCAGAUGUUUUUUUUUUAAAUUCCUGACUUAGAUGCUUAUUUUUAAAUUCCUGACUUGGAGGCAAGUUUUGGUUCCAUAAAAACAGAUUUAUAGCCAAACAGAGCCACCUGUAGACUGCCAGUCCACAUAGGGCUACUAAAUAGCCAAUUAUAUCCUUUCUUUGGCACCCACAUGUAAUUUUUCAUGCUUGUGUUGCUCUCCAACUCUUUUUACAUUUGAAUGUCGCUCAGGGGUAAAAAAAAGGUUGGGGAUCCCUGAUCUAAAUAAUGUGACAAUAUAUAUUUUUAACCAUUGCAUCUUUAUGAUAUACAUUGUUUUGUGCUUUUUUUUUUGUAGGAAUCAUUUUAUAAAGUGGUCUCAAAAUUA